UAAAGGUUAUAGAAAAGACAGAAAGGUUGUGAGUUAACUCUACCUGAGGAGCAUCAUCCAACAUCUACCGCCUCGGAGAGCCAUCAGUUCCUCUGCUAAGGAGGGCUAAAAAUGAAGAAGCUCACAGAACUAGUUCUCCUGACAGUCCUCUUGGCACUCUUCAGUCAAGCCGAAGCAAAUCCUUUUGUUUACAACUACGAGGCGCUGAGGAUCGGGGGUUUGGUCUUCACAGCCCUGCUUGUAGCAGGAGGGGUUACAGUUUUGUGUUGGGGGCAGUGCAAACAAAAGAGAAAGGGUGAAGAAGAUGCAAGCAAAAUCUAAGGAUCAGGGACUUUCCAUGGGAUAUUUGAUCGAGUAGAAGACUAGAAACUACAGAUGUCUAACUAGCUCCACUUGUACUUCAUUUCAAUGUAGUUUUUCCAUCGUUUCAACCAUUUAAUUUAUUCAUUAAUCACAGUUCCUGCCCAAAAAACAAAACAAAAACUGAGGUGCUGUUAUUUUGAAUCUGUAGAUUUAUUCUAUACAUUUUAAUUAAUCUCUUCAAGUGGCGCUUUAAUAAAGAUUCUCAGUUAUGGGCUGGUAAAAAUGCA